AUGAAGACAGCUGUAGCUCACAGUUGGAAGUCUUUAGCUUCGAAGAUACUUCCGCCUCUGCCCCUGUCGGCUCGAGAGUCACAGCGGCUCCUUUCACUCCUCAACGCCUCUUUCGAGCAGCAACUUGACCGCGAAUAUUCAUCCGAAUCGUCAAGCAUCGAGCACUACGCCAACCAUCAUCUACAAUCCAUUUUGACAAACCCCCUCUUCGAGGCAAAGCCUCGAAUGCGUGCCUCUUCCAGCAAGAAAGGUCACUUCAGUGGAAGGCGCCUGGGACAGCUACAAACCCUUAUGGAACGACCUAUGGACGCCUUCAAGGAGCGGGUCUCCCAGGGAACAGCAGAUUUGGGGACAGCAAAGGCUUUCCUCAAUAUCCAGUACAGGGCUUGCUUGGCUUCUCCGGCCGCCAUGCCUAGGGCAGCGAUGCAGUCUUCUGGAGCGGCACCGACCAUCCUCCAAUGGCUGUGGUCUUCUGGCAUGGAAGACACAGGAGAAUUCCUUACGGACCAGGAGUUUGUCGCUCAUUUGGUCCCUUUCCUCAUUGCAGAGGGCCGGCAACCUCGGAUUCUGCGCUGGCUACAUCGGUUCCACAACCCGGAAGAGAAGCCAUUCCCGAGUCUACGCGGAUUGGAGACCUGCCGCAUAAAAGGCUUCUUGUUCGCAAGGAUGAUCGAAGCAGAGGCGAAAAUUGGGGAUGGACUGGAGUCUGCAAUCACUUUAUUUAUUCGAAGCCUUGAUGGGCUCCGGAGCUCUGGGUCGACCAAGCGUUCAUUGCAGAACGGUGCUAUACGGGCAGCGUGGAUGCUGACAAAAUCCAUUCUUCGUCUGCCAAAGGCAGCGCGGCCUGAGCCUAGCACCAUUCAAUCCUUUUUAGAAAAGAUGAGAACUUUCGAUGCCGCCCCUCUACUCAGUGCAACCCUUAGCAUCUAUAUCUCGGAGCGGCGUGAUCCCCAGCCGGCUUUGACAUAUCUUCAAAAUACCUCCGCUAAGGCACUAGUGAACAGGAAUGCUGGGCAGUGGUCUCAUAUUGUUCUUCUUGGGUUGAGAGCAGCGGAACUGUUUCUACGGGAUGGUCGCCAAACCGAAGCCCUCUGGAUCAUGGGAUUCCUGCAGGAAAAUUUCGCACUCGAAUUAGCCUCGCCGCCAGACCCAACUCGUAAAGUUCGUGCCUCCGGUCAACCCGAGAUGAUGUCGAGAAGGGAGAAGGACAGUCUACUCUUGCUGGAUACGUUGACAGCACAAUGA